AGUGCGUUUCUGGCCCUGCCCUCGUCACUUGCCCACUCCGGGGUCACGAAGGAGAGGCCCCGGAUUCCGGGCGCAGCCGCGGCUGAGCCCGGGGCGUUGAAAGCGGGUGGAAUUUCCAGUCUGGGAAGGGGCGGGGCCUUGGACCGCCGGGAAGUUUGGUCCUCAGCGGCUUCCGUCCUGCAGCAAGUCCGGAAGAAGGUCCGGGGGCUGGGGUCCUGGGACCUGGCUCGGGACCGGCCUGGAGAUGGAGUUCGACUGCGAGGGCCUGAGACGGCUGCUUGGCAAGUACAAGUUCAGGGACCUAACUGUGGAAGAACUAAAGAAUGUAAAUGUAUUUUUCCCACAUUUCAAAUAUUCCAUGGACACCUAUGUUUUUAAGGAUAGUUCUCAGAAAGACCUGCUGAAUUUUACUGGCACAAUUCCUGUGAUGUAUCAGGGUAAUACAUAUAACAUACCAAUUCGUUUCUGGAUUUUGGAUUCUCACCCUUUCGCUCCCCCUAUUUGCUUCUUGAAGCCAACUGCAAAUAUGGGAAUCUUAGUCGGAAAACAUGUGGAUGCUCAAGGCAGAAUAUAUUUGCCCUAUCUCCAAAACUGGAGCCAUCCUAAAUCUGUCAUUGUUGGAUUAAUUAAAGAAAUGAUUGCCAAGUUUCAAGAGGAACUUCCCCUGUAUUCUUUAUCAUCAUCUGAUGAGGCACGGCAGGUAGACUUGCUAGCCUAUAUUGCAAAAAUCACUGAAGGUGUUUCAAAUAUAAAUUCAAAGAGCUGGGCAAAUCAUGAGAAUAAAACAGUCAAUAAAAUUACUGUGGUUGGAGGUGGAGAGCUGGGUAUUGCCUGCACAUUAGCAAUUUCAGCAAAGGGCAUUGCAGACAGGCUUGUCCUCUUAGACCUCUCAGAAGGGACUAAAGGAGCCACGAUGGACCUUGAAAUCUUCAACCUUCCCAAUGUGGAGAUCAGCAAAGAUUUGUCUGCCUCUGCUCAUUCCAAGGUGGUGAUCUUCACAGUCAACUCUUUGGGUAGUUCUCAGUCGUACCUUGAUGUGGUACAGAGCAAUGUGGAUAUGUUCAGAGCCCUUGUCCCAGCUCUGGGACAUUAUAGUCAACACAGUGUCCUGCUCGUUGCAUCUCAACCAGUGGAAAUCAUGACCUAUGUAACAUGGAAACUGAGUACAUUUCCUGCAAAUCGAGUGAUUGGAAUUGGAUGUAAUCUGGAUUCACAGAGAUUACAGUAUAUUAUUACAAAUGUUUUGAAGGCACAGACUUCAGGCAAAGAAGUAUGGGUUAUUGGCGAGCAAGGAGAAGACAAAGUGCUCACAUGGAGUGGCCAAGAAGAAGUAGUGAGUCAUACCUCUCAAGUGCAGCUGUCCAACAGAGCCAUGGAACUGCUAAGAAUAAAAGGUCAAAGAUCCUGGUCUGUUGGACUAUCAGUAGCUGACAUGGUUGACAGUAUUGUAAACAAUAAGAAGAGAGUGCAUUCUGUAUCAACUUUAGCAAAGGGAUAUUAUGAUAUAAAUAGUGAAGUGUUUUUAAGUUUGCCUUGCAUCCUUGGAACAAAUGGAGUAUCCGAAGUUAUGAAAACCACACUGAAAGAAGAUACAGUUACUGAGAAACUCCAAAGCAGUGCAUCCUCAAUCCACGGUCUCCAACAACAGUUAAAACUUUGAUUCUCCAAUGCAAUUUGAGAGGCUGGACUUCUACCUAAAGGGAAAAGUCAUUUAAUUUUACCAAUAUAUAUAGGUUUGAGGAUUUCUGUAUCCUGCUACUUACCCUUACAAACUGCUUGGUUAAAGUAGAGGGUUUCUUGAUGAGCUUUGUGAUGUAAAUCCUUAAGGAGUUAUACAAGGAAGGGAAAAAUUAAUUUUAUUUGGGGUUCUUGAGAUAUCUGUGCUGUUCUUUAAAUCUACAGCAGGGGUAAACAUUCAUCUGCAGUGUGCAUCAAUUUAAAUCAUAUAUCCUAAACUAAAAGCACAAUUCAUACUUUGGGAAUAUUUUAUAAGUAAUAUAUCUUUAAAAGAAAAUUACUCUUUGACUUUUAUAAUCAAUAUAAGUUCAAGGCUCAGUAUGGAUUUACAAAGUCUGUGUCAGUUGUACAUUCACAGGAUCCACAGCUUAAGUUACUAAUGUUUCUUGUGUAAAAUCCUGUUGGUAGUAAUAGUAAAGCAUUGUAUUUCUCUUCUUCAAAUUAAUUAGCUACCAAAAAAUGGAAAAGAAUUUUACAUGCACUUUAAAAUAGUAAAAUGGAAAGUGAAUUUUUAAAAUAUAUGCAUUAAAAGUUUACUUUAAUUUCCAGUGGGACUUCCUUUAUGAAAUUUUCCAUAACUUCUUCCUGGAGUAUUGUAAGAUCUCCAACAUCUCAUAAACUAAUUGUGAUAUUAGUGGAACCAUAGACAAAUGUAUAUUUUUAGUGGAAACAGAUUAUGAAUGAAAGCCAGGCAGCUUACUUUAAAGCCAAAAUAUGAGAUUUUCAUUAAAAACAUUGGUCAUAAUAGGGAGGUUUUUUAUUUGUUCUGAGCAAAUCCUUUAACCUCUCCUGAUGAUACAGUUCAGAGUACACACACUUUGGUGAUGGAUCAAGAGAAAAAUUUUCUUAUGUGAAAGAUAGCUUAUUAUUACUAUUGUGACAUACAACUAAUAGUAACAGUUAACAUCAACACUUCAUAUAUACCAGGCAGCAUGAUAAGCACUUUAUUAUUUUACUGAAUCCUCACAACAGACCACUGAGGUAGGGACUAUUGCCGUCAUCAUUUUAUAAAAGGAAAUUGAGGUUUAGUCCUCAAGAAGUCUUGGCUAUUAAGGGGCACUUAUCCAUACAACCUCUACUUUUUCUAGGCACUAAAAGGGGGAAAAGGCUUAACAGCCAAAAUAGUUAUCAAAAGACCCUAAAGUUGGGGUCCUAUACACCAUGAAAGGAUUACUUUCAUUCUCAUGUAAGGGCAUGCUUUUAUAAAAAACAAACAUGGGCUAGGCGCAGUGACUCACGCCUGUAAUCCCAGCACUUUGGGAGGCCGAGGCGGGCAGAUCACAAGGUCAGGAGAUCGAGAUCAUUCUGGCUAACACGGUGAAACCCCGUCUCUACUAAAAAUACAAAAAAUUAGCCAGGCGUGGUGGCAGGUGCCUGUAGUCCCAGUUACUCAGAAGGCUGAGGCAAGAGAAUGGCGUGAACCCGGGAGGUGGAGCUUGCAGUGAGCACAGAUCGCACUCCAGCCUGGGCGACAGAGCGAGACUCUGUCUCAAAAAAAAAAAAAAAAAAGUUUAGAAAUUAGCCAGGUGUGGUGAUGUGCACCUGUAGUUCCAGCUACUCAGGAGGCUGAGGCAGGAGGAUCGCUUGAGUCCAGAAGUUCAAGAUUACAGUGAGCUAUGAUCAUGCUACUGCACUCCAGCCUAGGCAACAGAGUGAGACCCUGUCUCUAAAAAAAUAAAAAUAAAAAUAAAGCAAGCAUAUAAUAGGUUAAUCCAGAUGGAGUUAGGAGGGUUUAUAAGGGCAGACACAUCCUAGGUAAAGAGGAAAUAGGCAAACUAAUGCUGUUUUAGUGUAAUAAGGAAUGCUUAUAAUGAUGAACUUUAGUCAUAAAGAAAAGGUGAAAUUAUAUUCAGUAACCCAUGUUAGGAAAGCAGAAAAGUAUUUAAUAUGCUUGGAAAGAUUCCAACCAGAGUUAACUGAAUAAAAACCUUGGACAUUUGAAGAGAAAAGCAUUUAGUUCUAUGUAAUUUCAAUAUGCACGUGAAUUAGUUCAUGUUACUCUAACAAUGUAUUCUUAUGUAUUCAAUAUCCUUUUUUAUGAAAUAGGAAAGUAAAACUGAAAGAACUAUUUCUUGUGUUUUUAAAACUAGCCUUUUCUAAUAUUUGAUAUCUAAUUAAAGUUAGAUAAUAUGUAAUAUGCUUUUGAACAAUAAUCUAACCAGAAAAUAUUGUAUAAUAAAUUACCAAGAAAUCAUUACAUUAAUUAUAAAAGGAACAUGUCAAUACAACAAAUGUUUAUUUAACACCUACUGUUACUCCAAAUACUGUGUUAGAAUUUGACUAUUCGAAGAUGAAUAAUAGUCUUUGCCCUCUGGAAGGCCACAAUGUAGAAGUAAUUCUCUGGAUCAGAUAUUUCCUUGAGUGUUAAGUGUAUUAGUAAUCAUGUUGUAAAUCCCAGUGUAAGUCAAGAAGCAAUAUCACCACCACCACCUCCCUAUGAUUUUGAUAAUUUGACAUUCUCAAUGCUUGUUAACUUUCAUGUUUUCAUUUUUACGAAAUCAUGCAGAGCUUGUCACAAUUUUUAGUGGGGUUUGGAUUAAAAUGCUUUUUUGAUGUAGCAGAAGAUACAUUUUUCCCAUUUUACAUUGUUUUCCUUAAAUACUAAGAAUAAUGAGUAAAAUAAACUGAUUUUAAAAUCA